CCCCUCCCCCCCCAAAAACGAGGUUCUUGUCCGACGAUAAUAGCUGAAUCUCAGUCGCCCUUGUUCCUGUCUCCGUCGUCACCGCACCUGUCUCUUGAUCUGACUGCUUUCUAUCUCAGACUUGUCUCCUCCGUGGAUACGCUUGAACCUGGUUACACGAACUCUCUCGCGGGAACGGGCAGAUGCUAUGAACCCACUCACAACUACAAAACUCCACUGGCCUUGCACUGACUCGCAAGGAAACACUUUUUUCUAGAGCUGCUCAGCGGCAUCGAGUCUUGCGGGUUUGUUGUGGAAGGAACUGACUCGCUGCUUUUUUUUCACCCCACGCUCUUUUCUUCGCGUUUCUCAAAAUGAAGCUCGAAUGCUUCGGUCUCGCUGCUCUGUCGGCAGCGCUUUUUGCUGGCAAGGCAGAAGCCGUCGCUGCGAAUUGCUUCAAGGCCGACACAGAUUACUUCGGGUACGACGUGGAUAAGAUUUUCGUGGGCGCUGCAACUGAGUCUGCAGAGAAGUGCCAAGAAGCAUGCAGAAACCGCGAAGACUGUUUCUACUUCACAUACAUUCCAGAGCGGAAGCAGUGCUACUUGAAGGACAACCAGGCUCCUAACGGGACUGUCACAAACCCGCUGGCGAUCUCUGGACCGAAGUUUUGCUAUCCGACUGGGACCUGCUUUGAGUACAUGACCGACUACGUGGGGUACGACGUGCAGAAGAUCGAGGAUCAGUCGGUGUCUCAGGCAGACGACUGUCAGCGACUGUGUGCAUCGAACGACCAGUGUUUCUUCUGGACGUUCAUUCCCUCUAAACACAACUGCUACCUGAAGCACAAUGGCGCAACUGUCGGCCGCACCCCGCACAGCGAAGCUAUUUCGGGUCCAAAGUCUUGCACUGGAGGAUCGCCAAACGACCAAGGCGUGCCUUGCUACGAGCCUGACACGGAUUACUUCGGCUACGACAUCAAAAUUUUCGAUAACAACCUUGUGGGCACCGCAGCCGAGUGCUACGGCCUCUGCCUCUCGUUCGCCGAAUGCAAGUUCUGGACGUGGGUGCCUGCGCUGCGGAACUGCUACUUGAAGAGUGAGUAUGCGCCGCUCGGUCGCGUCCAUGCCCCUGGCACCAUCAGUGGCCCCCGCGACUGCAACGGAUCGAAUCUCCCCCCCUUCGUACCCCCUCCUCCGAUCUAUCCGCCUACUCAUCCCCACCCGCCACCCUCUCCGUACCCACCGUACCCUGGCCACACAAGCACUACGACGCCUGCUACACCUCCUGCAGAGUCCUGCUACAAAGCUCACGUCGACUUCCCCACCGGAACGCUGAAACAAAUCGUCACGGACGACGCCUACGCCUGCCAGAAACUCUGCCAGGCCGAAGCCGCGUGCUUCUUCUUCACCUACAAGGCAGACAUCUUGGAGUGCGCUCUGAAGGGCAGUUUCGCCGCGAACGCCCCUAUCCCCAGGAGACACGCCCUGUCCGGGUCGAAGUACUGCGCUGACAAGAUGCCCCCUGAGUUCCAGCCGCUGCACAACCACGUUCCAACCCCUCCGCUGCCGCCCCAUCACGCUAUUCCUCCAGCUUAUCCGGGACCUAACCCAAUGCCGGUUCCCCCGACCCCCGGCUUCGAGCCGUCGUGCGCCGAGCUGAACGUGGAGUAUGUCAGUGACAUUCUGAGCGUUCUUGGAGCAGACUCGCCAAAGGAAUGCCAAACCCUCUGCAAGCUGACAGCGUCCUGCAACUUCUUUACCUACCGCUCGGAUCUGUACAGGUGCUACUUGAGCAAGAGCAAGGGCACUCCCUCCAGUCGCCUGAACGCGGUGGCUGGACCGAAGGAGUGCCCAGGCGAGGGCUCUGCCGUGCCGCCGACUGCGUCGACGUGUUUCCUGCAAAACAAGAUGUUUGUCGGGACCCCUCUGAGCUCCAUAGAGGCCAAGAGCGCAGAGCAGUGCCAGGCGAAAUGCGCAGGCGAUCCGCAGUGCUACUACUUCUCCUUCCAGGUCAUGUCCUCGAACUGCCACCUUUUCCGACAGGUCAACGGCGCCAAGGAAGAAGGGACCUGCGUGUCGGGGCCGAAGACCUGCGCCGACAAACCCACGGACCCGUGCUUCAAGGAGGGGUUCUACUUUGGACAGGUUCUCAAGAGACAUAACGCCGUCGCCAGCGCCAAGGAGUGUCAGACGCUGUGCGCGACCUUUCCACACUCGUGCGUCGGCUUCACCUACGAGUCCGCUUCCCAGAAAUGCUUCUUGAUGUCCCAAACCGACGGCCUGGAACUCAGCGACGGGUUCGUCUCUGGCUUGAGGCAGUGCCCCGCGACUCCGUAAAUCACGCGAACACGGCUCUUCGUGGAAGGGCAGAGAGCGGCUGCGCGACAGCGCGUCGAGCAAAGGCCGAAGAAGUGCUCGUCCGCACGACGAAACGCAUUUUCAGACGUGCAGCGCCGGGUCGCUCUUUCUUUUUAAUGAGGGAAAAUCAUCGUGUUGCUUGGAGGCUGGCUCAGGAAGGACAUACCGAUUCAGCUUCCAGUUUUAUUGAAGGGGGGGGGGGCACGCCACCAGUGCGUCGAAACGCCCUUUCACGUUUUUUUAUCGUUUUGGUCCCCCCUGUCCGGCGAUCGUUUUUUGUUUCCUCGUGCUCGUCACUCUGGCCACCCUUUUUUGCAUCACACAGAAAAAUGUUUCCGUGGUAGAUGCCUCAAACACUCGGGUGUGUGUGCUGGAAUCGACCGCAGUGUUGUACCAAAGACCUCAGCUUUCAAGAACAUGUUGUGCCG